AUGACAUUAGUUUAUUAGCUGGACAAAGCGAUUUUAGAAAAUGUAUUCUCCUAGCCCUAGAGGGUAUUGUGUUCGAGAAAGUUCCUUUCAUAAAACUUCCCUGAUAUCUGGUAUAGAAGUAUGAAAUUAUGCGCAAACGAUCCUUAAGAACACUUUGAAGAAAUUUUCGCAGAUCUCCCAAAUAGUUGAGCCACAAUGGAAGGGAAAAUAUCACAUAGCGGCCUUCUGGCGCGAAGUCCCGAAGGGCAUGCCGCACGCGGAAUGCAGAUCAAAGGCAACGAGGACGUAUGGGUGGAGAUACAGGCGAACACGUUCCGAAAUUGGGUCAACGAGCAUCUACCGAAGGAGUUGCGGAUAGUCGAUUUGUCGCAGGAUUUAUGUACGGGUGUCAGAUUGUGUGCUCUAGUCGAAGCUUUACAAAAAAGGCCCAUAAAACCGGCCUGGAACAAACGGCCAGCCAAUCAGCAUCAUUACCUUGAAAAUGUCACUGCUGCUCUAAAUGCCAUCGAGCAGGAUGGGGUUAAACUUGUAAAUAUAGGAAAUGUAGAUAUCGUGAACGGGAAUCUCAAACUAAUUCUCGGACUCAUCUGGUCACUUAUUGUCCGCUACCAGAUAGGUAGAUCGAAAUUCCCACCUAGAAAGUUGAUGUUGGCCUGGUUACAAGCUGUUCUCCCGGAGUGCAGAGUUUCCAAUCUUACCACAGAUUGGAAUUCUGGAGUAUUGUUGUCUGCGCUGGUGGAUUAUUGUCGACCAGGACUGUUUCCUCAUUGGAGAAGAUUAGAUAAGGGCAAUGCAAUAGAAAACUGUCGACGUGCCAUGGACAUUGCCCAGAAAGAACUCUCCAUUCCAGCUGUCUUGGAGCCGGAAUAUUUAGCCUCACCUUGGCUAGACGAACUAUCGGGUAUGACGUAUCUCUCCUACUUCAUGAAACCUGGAUCACCGGGAUUUCACGCUACGCUCAGAUGGGUAAAUUCCAGACUUGAGAGGCCAGUACAAAACUUUACGAGUGACUGGAAUGAUGGUAAAGUAAUUAGCGAAAUAAUCAGAUCAUUAGGGGGAUCAGCUACAGCUCCUGAAAAAAUGAGGAGCGACCCUGCUUAUUGGGAACAGAAUCAAAAUCAAGCUAUUGCAGCAGGAAAAAGAUUAGGGGUUCAGCCAGUACUUUCAGCCAAAGAUAUGGCGGACAAGAACGUCGAGCAUUUGGGAGUGAUGGCUUACGCUGCUCACUUCCAAUGGAUUCCGGAAAGGCCGCCAUUGCACGAUUUAAUUAACGUGACAUUAAACUCUACCUCAGGAAGAGUGGGUGAACCGACUCACUAUCAAAUAACUUUAUUGGACUCCGAACUAUCUUACUCCAAACUUUCGGUAGAAAUCCGAGGUCCCGAUAAUAAAACUUACCUGGACAAGCACCUGAGCAAGGGCAGAGGAUCCUUCGUGCCAUCUAAGAUUGGCAUGCACGAGCUGGUGGUCAAAUACGAAGGAGAGGAAGUACUUGCUGGACACUAUUUCCGAGUCCUGCCACCAUUGGUUGAAGUAGCUCCACCUGGAAUGGCACCUUGCGCACUGGGUUCACUGGUACAGGUGUUGGUGAAUGCAACAGGUGCUCCUAAGAGGGAAGAUAUUCUAGUAACUGCCUAUAGUCCUACAGGUAGACCGUUAGAUUGUCCGUUGACCACGAUAGAUGGCACUAAUAGUGCCACCUUCAAACCGGAUGAACCCGGAGAAUGGCGGAUAGAAAUCACUUAUCAAGGAAAACAAAUACAGGGUGGUCCCUUCACCUGUUCCGUAUUUGACCCCAACGGUGUACGAGUGUCCGGACUUGAAGGAGCUCUACCAUUGGUUCCUCACAGCAUAGAGCUGGACUGUAGAAAUGUUGGGGUGCCCGGAGAAGUGUUUGCGGAUAUUGUACAUGAUAAACGGUCAGUUCAUUGUCAUGUUGAGAAGGUGGACAGCCACGGGUUCCACUACAGGAUCCAUUUCACGCCCAAAGAUGCUGGAAAACAUAGGGUUUACGUUUACUUCAACGGUUACGACGUUAAAGGUUCUCCGUUCAUGAUGCGCGUCGGUACUCAGCGCCGAUCCAAAUCUUCUCAUUCCAGUCCGAACAACACCUACAGACAAAGUCCAACCAAUCGUUAUGCCAGUCCCUCUCCAACGUCCAAAAACACCCUGUACAACAGCUACCGACAGAACGCCAGCCCCCUGUUGGAAGAAACGCACAAAUACGCGCAGGACUACCAUAGUAGGUCAGUGGCGGAGAAGAGCAGGAUUACUUCGAGCUCUCCCAGUUUUAACGAAAGAAAUGGUAGCCCGAGCUAUAUGCAAAGAACUUCUAGUCCCAGUUACACGCAAAGGAACGAGAGUCCUAGUUACAGAGGGCCCAGUCCGGCUUAUGGGAGGGACAGUCCUGACUUAAUAACCAGCAAAAGAUUGAACGAAAGACGUUAUGACACAUCCAGUCCCAGUUUUGCUAAGAAAACUUCAGACUCCAGUUUCACAAACAAAAUGUCUUCAAUGAAAAUUACAGAUUCUAGGAAUAACAGUUUUGAAAGGUCAAGUCCAGAUGUGGGUGGCUACACUUCAUCUUCGAGAUUCGACAAGCGAUAUACCGAAAACCGAAAUUUUAAUAGUUACAGCGAAGGUGUUGAUACAAGCCCAAUAGUAAAAGUUUCUUCUAUGGUGGAUAAUACAACGAGAAGAGAUUCGUGGGACGCCAUCAAUAAAACGAAGAAUAUUUUUUCCGAACGAAGUUUAGAAUCUUUAGCUAAUCUCACCGAGUCGCAGCUAGAUUCCGAUAUCAGAAGACAAAAAACGGAAGAGCACAAUAGAUUUUUAUUGAACGAGCAGAAGUACACGACGUCGUCACAUUCCGAUUACAAGCACAAUUACUCCGAAAAAUAUACGAACAACGUCGACAGUUACAACGAAAGAAGCUACGGAAGGAGUUCUCCCAUUUACAAAACCAGUUCGAAGGGUUCUGCCGGUGGUGCGUCAUCUGUGAAGGUCCAGCCGGUACCCGAUGGGGUUCUUGGACAACCUGUGGAAUUUGAAAUCGAUGGAAGCGGUGCUGGUUCUGGCGAUUUGGAAAUAUUGGUCGAAGGAGGUCGCGUGACCUCAAGUGUGAGGAGUUUGGGAGGCCAGCGGUUUAGGGCGGCCUUCACUCCUCACCAGGCCUUACCACAUCGAGUUGACAUCAAGUUUAACGGGGAAACAGUACCAGGUUAA